CGUAAUCUUUCUGAGAUACCCAUUAAUUAACUAGGCUAAAAGGGACGAGUCGACUCAGACCCAGACUCAAUUGGAUAAAUGAGUGGAAUGCAACAACAGAACAAAGUAUAAAGCAACAAAGGUGAAAUUACAAAAUCACUGCACUCUUCAGCUCCUCUCCACCCUUUCCUUUCCUUUUCUUCUCACCGAAUCGAAUUUUGCUUCCGCAUCUCUCUUCAGGAAGCUAUGCUACAGCCAUUGGUUGAAUAACAGUAAUAAAAUUGCAGGGAAUGGGAGGUUGCUGUUGUUCUUCAAGGAAACCUCAUUUACACGGAACGCCCGUGUAUUACUAUUGUCCACCAGCUUUGGAAGAGCAUGGAUCCUUAACAUCUCACAACGGCGCAGCCUCUGCAUUCACUGCAGGUCUCCUGGUCGAAUUGCAUUUGAAUACAUCAACGCCUGAUACUUUCCGCCCCCCUCCUGCACCUCUGCCAUAUGAUGUGAUUUUGGGAUGUCCACAGUCACCGUUUUCUGAAUCUGUUCAAGAAACAAUUAGUCGUGGUAGUUUUGGAACGUUGGCAACAUGUGAAGAUCUUGAUGAAUUGGACUGCGAAACUCAAGCCAGUUCAUUGCUUGUCUCUCCAAGGAAGUCAGAAGUGACAAAAUUACAUGAACCUGUUGCGUCCGCAACAGAAGAGGAAGAUGCUUGUCCCAUAUGCCUUGAAGAAUAUGACUUGGAGAAUCCAAAACACAUAACAAACUGCGAGCAUCAUUUUCACCUCUCCUGCAUUCUAGAGUGGAUGGAAAGGAGUGACACCUGCCCCAUAUGUGACCAGGAAGUAAUAUUGACCACAACUUCAUUUAGUUGUUGUUAAUGCUCUUUGAGAUGGAGGUUUAUUUGUUUUUUCAAUUAAGAGCUUGCCAACUUUAGUGGGCUGCAGAUGGUGUCAGUUCUGUCUCACAACUGGUCAGCAGAGUGCCCCCUGGUUCAUUUUUUAAUUUGGUCUUACUUGGUUUGAAGGGUCAACUUAUCAUUUAUGCGGUUCCUCUGGAGAAGUUCAGAGGUAAAGGAAUGAAGUUUAGCAAAACAUGGAAACAGGUUUCUCUCUGUUCGUGCCCCCUUGUCCUUGUUAAUACUUUGGUUGCUAGUUAUGGAAUGGAUGUGCAGAUAUCUACAAGGUUGUUGAAGGGAGUACAUGCAAACAAUUCACCUCCAAGUUAAAAGCAAAUGGUCUGUCCUGUCUUCCAUGUUGGGUCAGCAAACUAUUUUUCUGUUUCCUAUGCAUAUUAUCUUCUACUUGUUUGUCGUAUGCUGCAUAUAGUUGUUCUUUUGCACUGGGUGAUUUGUAAAUUACGACUGUUAGUUUUGGAUGGAUUCGACAUUUAGGAUUAGAUGAAUGUAUGAAAAGUGUAAUGAACAAUGAAAAGUUAUACUGUAUUUACAUGAACUCAGAUUGACAUGGCA